AAAUAUUAAAAAAUCAAUGAGCUUGGGCUUGCCUUGUAGUCUUAAAAAAAUUGUCAUCAGAAUUUUACAUUAACUUAAUUUCAAUAUUAUUGUUAGUAAGACUAAUUUUAACAAAAGUCAAAGGGCAUAAAAAGAUGGCUGGUGAUAAUAUAGAGAAAUUAUAUAAGAAUUACGAUAUUUUAGCUGCCGCGAAAGAUGAAAUUUCACAGCACGAGAAAGAGUACUUGGAAAUACUCGCAGCCGUAAAGGGAUCUGACAAAGAGAAACGUUUGGCAUCUCAAUUCAUUGCGAAGUUUUUUAACAGUUUUCCUACUUUAUCCGAACAAGCAAUAGAAGCCCAAUUUGACUUGUGCGAGGAUGACGACGUUGCUAUUCGUAAACAAGCCAUAAAAGAUUUGCCAGUUUUAUGCAAAGAGCACAAAGAACACACUCAGAGAAUUGCUGAUAUAUUAGCCCAGCUAUUGCAAUCUGAAGAUUCUACAGAGAUAAAUGUAGUAACAAACUCUCUUGUAACAAUUUUGAAAAGUGAUCCCAAAGGAGCUUUGUCUGGUAUCUUCUCACAAAUUCAUCAGAACACAGAUGGUGAACUAGCAAAUGAAAUUGUUAGAGAAAGAUGUAUCAAGUUUUUAUCUUCUAAAAUUCAACAAUUAGGAAGAGAAAUAAUCAACAAAGAAGCUGAGGAACUCAUUAUCACAGAAUGCAAAAAAAUUUUAGAGGAUGUUGUUGCUGAAGAAUUCGAACAUAUAAUGGAACUGCUUACUUGGUCAAGAUUAGGUAAAACACCCCUGGGAAAGAAGGAGUUGGUUCAAAUUGUUGCAGCUCUAGCUUUUUCUCCUGAUGACUGGCAUCCAGAGGAUCCUGAAUAUAUAGAUAGAUUGAUACAAUGUACACAACAUGCUGUCCCUUUGUUUUCACCCCAAGUGGAUUCAACACAGUUUAUAAACUUUUUCUGUGACCAUGUACUACCCAAAUGGAAAGACAUUGUUGUGGCUGAUGGAGCAUCUGAUUCGAAACUUGAAUUACUAAAAAUAUUUGCUGAAAUAACAGAAUACUCUGGAGAUUUGGAAAAUGCUCAACAAAGAAUUGAUACAGUUUUUGAAGUACUUAUGGAUUAUUUGCCUGAAGCUCCAGUAGAAGAUGAAACUCAGAAGACCAAAGAAGAUAAAGUUGAGGAAACUAAAACUGCACCAUCACUGCAGUUUUCACACGUGGAAUGUGCAUUGUUUGCAUUACAUUCACUAUGCAGAAAAUCACCUAAUUCAUUAACUAGCGAUGCCGCGAAACUUAAGAUGCUACGUUUACGUUUACAAUAUACUGCUCGUCUCACACAAGGCUAUAUUAAAAAAUUAAAGGAAGUGACACAAUCUCAAAAAACCGAAGAUGAAAAUUCCGAAGAAAGUAAAUUAAAAGUAGCUGCAUUAAAGACUACUUCAAACAUUAAUACUUUAAUUAGAGACAUUUUCCGUACCCCACCAUCAUUUAAAAGCAAAGUUCAGCUUUCAUUUAAAUCAAAAAAAUCUGAGAAAGAGGAAAAACAAACAGCCAGCACUAGUGAUGCCACCAAAGAUUCGCCCCAAAAACGUCACCGCCCUAUUACAUUUGACAAUGGAGGUGAAAAAGAAUCUCCAGAAAAACGGUCCCGUAGCAGUGAUAGAAACCUUAAAAUGUAUACACCACCAUCAGGGAAAUACAGCUCAAGAAUAAACAGUAGCCGGUUCUCUGGUUCAAGUGGGAGGGGUAGAGGUUAUGGAAGACGGGACUAUAGAAAUAAUGGGGCAUCUUUCAGAAAUCGAAGCAACUAUUAACGAAUGAGUGCCUGGAUUGAUGAUGACGAUGAAUGAUUUUUUAUUCGAUUUUUUAUUCUUUGGAAAUUUUCAAGUUUGUUGAUACUUGCAAGAGAGAAACUCUGUCACUUUGUUUAUUCCAGUCCCUACAGUAUCACAUCAGCAUCAGCAGCUAGUUGUAUCUUUUAGUUUUGGUCUUUCCAUUGAGAAUUGCAGGUUCAACGGCUUCAAAUCUCGUUGCAGUCCAUUACUAGUAUUUACAGGAAUUAAAUUGCUGGUGAUUUGUAUUUUGUAUCUUAUAAUGGUAAGUUUAAAAAUAGGUUUUCAAAGCUAGCGAUCCAACAACAUAAGCCGUUCUUCUACCAAUCCAACUACCGUCAAAUAAAAACAGGUUUGUAAAAAUGUUGCUAAUUUUCAAUUUUAUUUCAAAUAUCAUACAGAAACAUUUUUGACAUAAGAUUCAUACAUAUUAUAUAAUAUAUUAUACUUAAAUACAUUUUAAACGUUUUAAUUAUUAUCAAAUUCAAAUGUACUAUUACACCAUAGUACCAAUUACCAGUACUAUAUUACUAGUACUGUACACACCAACAUAUACAAACCAGAUUCUCAUUGCAUCAUGUAUUUACUUAAAUACGUUUGUAAUAAACGUAAUGGCAGUUUUUAAAUCAUUUUGCCGGCCGAUAUUACGCGUCAGCAGAGGAAAGCAGUUUUUGGCGCAUCCACGUAAGUAUUAAAUUGUAGCAGUUUUCUGUUUACUAGGUCUCCGACAUUCAGCUUAUCCACAUGGGAACCCAUCGGUAACUAUUUUAUGUAGUCUGUUACAUCAACCAGAUUUUCAGGAAAUCUGGAUUCGGAGUGGUUUUUUACACAGCAAUAAAAUACCUUUUAGUCAAAAA